GAAAGUUAACCUGUUCUUAUUUAACUUGUGAUCAUAUGUUUAAAGAUGGCCGGGAAAGCGGUAGCUCGAGCCGUUAACCAAUAUUUUCUCGGGACGUGCAUGGUUUCGUCGAAGCAAAAUGCUGCCAAAGUGCGAAUACCACGAUUAGUACUAGACGAACAUAUUCACAUGUACUUCAAAGAAUAUGAAAACAUCUACGCCAACGAUCCGCAGAAGCUGUGUAAGACCGGUGAUGUGGUUUUGGUAAAGGUCCUACCGCAGAAGUUAACGCGCCUGAUCACGCACGAGGUCGUCGAAGUAGUAUAUCCUCUGGGUGACAUGACGGAUCCGAUUACAGGAAAGAAGAUUGUGGCGAGUCGGUACAGGGAACACAUAGACGAGGAUACCAAGUUGUACGGCAGGAAAGAUUCGGCCUUCGACUAUUCAAAAGCACCACCAAGAGGCAGGCUGGAAAAUAUACGCGAUUUCACUCACAAGAAGCUGUAUUUAAAAUACUACGACGAUCCUGAAAAUCCUCAAAAGGACACGAUAUAAAAGAUAGUAUAAAUAUUUGCUAAACGGUAUAUCUGAAAAGUUACGAAUACCUUGUAAAAUAUUUAAUAGAAAUUAUGACGAAAUUAUUACAAAA